CUCGCGCGUCGGUGCAGCUCGGAAGGUGAACUGCACCGAGGUGGAUCAACACCCCCUAGUGGUUGACAUGCAAUAACAUAACAAAAACACGCGACAUCAAAACUGGUUAUUAUUUUGUCCUAAAGCUUGAUUUGUUUUAACCUACGAGCUGAACAUCAUGAUCAUAAAUAGGACCGGAGAAGUUUUAAACAUCUACCUAUCCCUUUUGACAUGGACUGUUUUAUUUCAGCUGUAUUAUCUAAACCUGUUUUGGUUGCUUAGUGUCCGGAGGAAAACAAUUGUUUGCUUCUAUUUUUUUUCUUGCAUUUUAUUGCUCAUUCUUUUUUUUUGUAUUAUUUUUUAAUCAUGUCAUUUAUAAAAAUGAAUUACGGGGAAAGAUUUCCUCCCCUUUUUCUGCUUGCCCCGCCCAGGGAAUAUGGCCUGGUCGGCGACCGCACAUGAGAAAAUGAGCUGAUGGUGUGUUCCGGAUGCAUCGGACACCAUCCGUCAUUUCCUGUCUUGCAUUCAAAACGGUCGGAGUUCCCCGGAGGUUCGGACAUUAAGCUCGAAGGAAAGUGCUUUGAACACUCUUCCGAACCUCGGAGCUGUUUUGAAUGCGGCAAUGCUUUAACAAAAGAAGCACCACGGAAUAUUGGUAUCCGAGGCGUUUUGAACACACCAAAAGUUAUUUCCUGGAGAGAACUCAUCAUGGCUCGCAAACGAGCGAAGGAGGGCAGUUGCUCAGUGUUUGGAUGUACGAAUGAGCACAAAAGUAUAUUUUUAGUUCCUUCAUCCGAGCCUCUAAAGAACCAGUGGGUUGAUUUUAUUUUCUCUGGAAAUGCUGCGCGAGUCUGCGCCAAACAUUUCACCGAAGACUGCUUCCUCAACUUGGGCCAAUACAGAGCUGGACUUGCUCAACGUCUGAGAAUUGAUUCUAGAUCAGUACCAACUCUCCUCGGCUCAGCUACAAACCGCAGACAACUUCUCUCAAGGGAUGUUGCCUGCCAGACAGACCACCUGGAAACGCCUACUGUAGGCACACAGCUAUCCUUAAAGACUUUGCAGUCCCACUUUAAAAGUGAAGAAGACUGUGAUGCCUUCGGAGAAUGUAGCACGCAGCGCGGCGCCACCUCAGAGAGUCUGGGUGUGGACGCCCCUGGCUCCUCCCACAUGUCCAGUCACAGCAGGGAGCUGAAGAUCCUGAGCGUCCACGGAAAAGGGGAGGACCCUUUGGCGACGGACGGCCAUGACGCCCUCUUCACCGCGUCAGAAGUGGAGGCCCAGAACUCGCUGUCUGCGGACCACAGCGCGGCCAAGAGCCUGGAGCGCGGCGAGCGGCUGGUCUGCCACGAGGAGCUGAGUGUGCAGGUUGUAAAUCAUCUUCUUAUUCAACAUCCAAAAGAGGCUUUCUCUGUUACAACUCCAGCACACACCCAUAGCAAGCACACACCUUUAUGAUUCAAUGCGU